GCUCUUCCUCCUGGUAGCCCCCUCCUCGUCACUGGCUCUGUGCUGCCACCAUCCUCUUCCUCCUCAUGCCUCUGUGGUGGCUCUUCCUCCUGGCUCUUCACCUGUCCGCAGGUGUGCACCUGACGGGGGCCGCCGUGUCGGACAGCUUCAGGGAGUGCAGUCAGUUCUUUUACAUGGGCACGGUGCCCACGGGCAUCCGAGGGGGUAGCCUGAAGAGGAUCUGCCAGCGCUACGGCAACACGCCGCGGUACGCCACCCUGUACGACGCCAGCCGACGCCUGGCCGUCUUCUCCGCCUACACCUUCAAGAAGACGGACGGCAGGAGUCGCAUGGACACACCGUGGAUGUAUGAGCCGCAGUUAGCUUCUGCAGAUGAGAAUGGAAACAUGCGCACACUGCCCCCUAGUGACGACACCGACCCGCUGAUCGAGGAGAGCCAGGCCCUGCUGGCGGACUACACAGACGCCGUGGAGUAUGAGCGCGGCACGCUUAACCCCGACCAGCACCAGUCCGACAGCCCCGACAAGGCCUCCACCUACACCCUCACCAACGUGGCGCCGCUGGUCGUCGACUUCCUGGAGGGACCCUGGAGCGCCUACACCCACACGGUCCGGCGCCGCCUCAACAACUUCUGCCUCGGCCCCGCCUACCUGGUCACCGGGGUGACUGUUUCCGGGCUGAGCAUCCGCAGGAGGAAAGACACCCGAUUGGCCGUCCCGAAACACGUGUGGUCGGCGUACUGCUGCCCGCGAUACGACCGGAACUCUCCAUACGAAGUGCGGUUCAUGUUCCCCACCUACGCAGCGUAUGGGCUGAACCAGAGGGGACAGGCCGUGUUGGAGGUUCCUCUAAAGACUCUGGAGAGCUUACUGAAGAACCAGACGGACAUGGAGGCCGACCUGGCCCUGUUCUACAGAGACUGUGUGUCAGAGAACACGGCCAACAAGAAGAAAUAGUGUGUCUCUGUGUCAGAGAACACGGCCAACAAGAAGAAAUAGUGUGUCUGUGUAUAUG